CACACACGCCGACGAGAGAUCGCGAGAGCUAUACUGACGAGCAUCAAUGGCCCAAUGAAACAGAUGUCAACACCAGCAACCCAGGCCUUGGAUGCAUCAGAAUAAACUCACGUCGAGACAAACCGUUGCCAAGAGCACCUUUGCAAGAUGCACUCAGGGUGAUAUUAGCAGCAGCAUGGAAGUUUGGUCGGAAGCCGGACCGUCCAGCGCCAACUAUGCGCAGACCUUAGAUGCCAUACCGACCGCUACGCUCGAUUCCGUCUUCGCACAGCUCCUCGGUCAGAAUCCAUCCUAUGGCGACAUAGAGAGGCUUGUUCGCAACUAUGAGGCGAUCGAACGCGCCGCAUCAGAGGCUUCCCCGCAUGGAAGAGUUGCAUCGCUUGAUGACGCGGAGCUCGCAGACUGCCGGGCGUGUGCGGACGUCCAGCUCGGGCCCCUUCUGCGUAGACGCUUCUUCGAAACCGCAAAGUACAAGGUCCAACGAGCCUUGAUCAAUCUUGGCAUCAGCCUGCAGAACGGAGGGGACGGGGAAGAUGAGCACAUGGCCCCAGAGCAACACAUCCCGGUGGCGUCGCAAGUACGCCAUGUUGCUCAUCUUCUUGCGCGCGACGUCCAGUAUCUCAUCGCCCUUCAAUGCAAAGGAGCAGAGAUCGAUGCCUAUCGUCUCCAAUUCUGCUCUCACGUCAAAGCCAGUAUUACACCUGCAUUCCUGGCCGCGCUCCACUCCGAGUUAUCCGAUAUCUUCUGGGCACAUUUCCUACAUUCGCCGAAGCAUGAUACCAAUUCACCGCUCCUACCUGUGAUAUCAACCGUAUCGCAGGAACAAUAUCUGUUCAUCCAGCGAGUGCGAUUCAUUGGCCUUCGCAUUGUUUUGGACAACGCGCUCGACAAGAUCCUUGUCGAUGCUGCCGAUCUCAUCGCGCGAUUCGCAGCGCGGCUGCCAUCCGAGGGCGAAGUUGAGGAUGAAAGCCAGACCAUGCAAUCUUGGCUAGACUCCAAGACUGCUUGGCUCAUGUCUCAAUUUCCGUUAGCAGAUGGACUCUCAAAUCCAAAGCUGGAGAAAAUGGACCAGGUCAUACAAGGCCCAAUCGGCAUUCAAGCUGUGCAGCUGCGAUAUCUGAUCAUCUCGCGAGAGACAGACCCUCAAGGAGGAAACAAGUACGAUGCGAUCGCGGACCUGCACGCCAAUGGCGACUUCCUUAGCGUUACCUCUGCACGAAUCAGCGCGGAUAAGCUCAAGCAACCAAUGCUUUUGGGCUUGCAACCAUUACAUAAAACGGACCUGCCAGGGACGCAGCAGCAGCAACAACAACAGCUCGCGGAUCAUCUGCAACCCUUCAAAGAAGCGGAAGUUAGUUUAGUCAAGGGAUUUGCGAAAUUCGGGAUGCAGAGACAGAGGGUCUCGCAAUUCUUUGACGCGAUCAAAAAUUUCCCGGAUUGGACGAAUCCUCUAAUAGACCUUAGGGACUGCAUCAAGCACACAGGACAAAUGGACAAAGUGACUACCGCGAUCAAUGCGAUCAUCCAUCGACGCCUCUUACAUCCUGGCGCACAAACGCAAGACAUCAUAGAGUUCUUCGUCCUUUUGAUCCACGCCUUGCGUGCGACGCAGCACGGGGACGUGAUGCUCUCGCGCUUAGCGCAUCCGAUUCGCAGGUAUCUCCGUUCGCGUCCGGAUACAGUGUCGGUCGUUGUCUCAUCCCUGCUCGGUAACCGGCAGUCGUUCGAGCUCCUGCGCGAAGAGCUCGAUAGGGCGAAACACAUCAAGACGCCAUUCUCGCUCGAAGCGACGAAAAUUAGAGGCAAGGAUGAGGACGAGUACGGGGAUGCAGAGGAAGAGGAGGAUGAAGGCGGCGGCGAGGCAGACGACGCGACGUGGCAGCCGAGACCGGUGGAUGCAGGGCCUAAUUAUCGUAAAACCGGGAGGAGCGACGUCAUCAGCAUGCUGAUAAGCAUCUUCGAUGAUCGCGAGGGCUUCAUCACGGCAUUGGAGAGGACCAUGGCGGAGCAGUUGCUGCAAGUCAAGGGAUACCAGCAUGAACAGCAGUACCUGAGCAAUCUCACGCUGAAGAAUCGAUUUGGGGAAGCGCAUUUUGCGCGCAUCGACAUCAUGCUACAGGAUAUCGUCAAUUCGCGUCGAUACGAUGCAGGCAUGCAAGACCGACCGCUUAGCAUGCCAUCAAUGAAUGCCGAUGAACUCACACUCGUCAAGGCACUUCACCCCAUCAUCGUCUCUCGGCACUGCUGGCCAGACUUGACCGGUGAGGCAGGCAACACCACCAACAUGUUCGCUCCUAGCGGCGGCAGCAGCGGCAUGGGCGGUGGGGGGGCGAUAACGAUGAUGGGGGGCGGAGGAGGAGAAGGCGGCACAGCGGUGCCAUCCUACGCAGCUGGUAGCACAGGCCGCUCAGGCAACCUACGCAUACCCGGUGCGGAAGUGGCGCAACACAAGUUACCCGCUCGCUUCCAAAGCGCGAUGGAUACAUACGUGGAAAGCUACAAACGCAAGCGGACACCACAGACGAUGCGCUUUCUUCCAGGAUUGGGGACAAUGAGCGUCAAGCUCACCAUGGACGACGGCCGAGUGAUCGAGGAGGACGAUGUCACCGCGCUGCAGGCUUCCGUCGUUGAACUCGCUUCGACGAAAGGUAGUAGCGCGGUCGUCACGGCUGGUGAGAUCGCAGUAGAACUGGAGGUGGACAAGGCGUCCGCACUUAAUGCGCUUUACUUCUGGACGACUAAGGGCGUCCUGUUCGAGUUGAUCACAACAGCAGAGUCGUUCCAAGUGAUGGAUACGGCUGUGUAGAGGUGUCGGUUCAACCAGAGUUGUCUUAGAUUGCGUGCAUCAGCUGUGUGCAAUGAUGCCACAAAUAGAAAUACACAACGAAAGGCGUGCUAUUCAUCC